CCAGGCGGCGGUUACCUUGGGGACGGGGCUUGCGUGGCAACGGUAACUAAGGAGCUCGCGGUGGAGAAAGCCGGGGCCGCUGGAGGCGGGGAGGUGACAGGGGUCCAGGCGGCGGGACGGCCCGGCCACUGAGGCCCACGGAGGGCGCGCUCUAGAAAACUCCACAAAGAGGAAUGUCGGACGCAGGGGAAGAGCCACUAGAAGAAACAGAAGAAGAUGGAGGAACAGAAAUGGAAGAAGAAGAAGAAGAUUAUAAUUCAUAUUAUAGAGAGGGAGAAAGUAUGCCACAGAAAUUAAAGGAAGAUGAUAUGUUAGUAUGGAGACAGCCUCGGGAGGAGGGGGAGCAGGAGGAGGAGGAAGAGGAAGGAGAGGAGGAAGGGGAAGAGAAGGACAGGGUGGAGGAGAAAUGGGAGAAGGGGGAGGAAGGGGGAAAGGACUGGGAGGAGGAGGAAGAGGAGGAAGAAAGAGUGGAGGAAGAGGAAGAGGAGCAAGGGGAGGAGGGGGGAGGAGUGGGAGAGAAAGAGAAGAAAGGAGAGGAGGGGGAGGAAGAAUGGGAGAAGGAGGAAGGAGUGGAGGAGAAAGGGGAGGAAGAGGAAGAAGGGGGAGAAGGUGGGAAGGAGGAGGCUGUGAGAGAAAAAACGGAGGAAAAGGCUGCAGCUGCAGGGGAGGAGGUAGCUGCAGGAGUACAGGAAGAAACCACAGUGAAGCCCCAAGAAAUCACCAAGUCCAAGAUCAGUUUGGAGAAACUUACAUUGACUGAUUCCCAGUCAAUCAUGUCGGGAACUUUUCUAAAAACCCAUAGUGGUGAUGAGUCAAAGCGUGCAUCAGAGCAUUCAGAAACAAAUGAGCUUUUUAGAGACUUGAGCUCACAACGAAGAUUUCUUGAUUUGGAGCAAAUCAGUUCUGAGGAACUACAGAUUAGUUCCCCUGACUCACAGCCCUCUAGCAAGCUUGGGCAGAAAACCCACCAGAUGCCCCAAGAUGAAUCGGGACAAGAAGGGACAGAUUUGGAAGCAGAAAAGGGAGAAAGGAUACAAGACAAAAGACUAUCAUACUUAAGUGAAGAAAAAGGAAAAGAAUUCCAGCCCAAAACAGAGAUCCCAGAGGAUUCACUGGUGGCCACCAGUGAGGACAUUUUGUUUCAAAAGGAUGACAGAGCCAAUGUGUACCCUUUGACCUUGACCUGGUCUUUUGGCUGGAACAGUUCUCUUCCUGUUUACUAUAUUCGAGAUGAAAGCCAGAGAGUUCUUCUGUAUGUCUGCGCUCACACCGCGGUCAUCUACAACGUUUUCAAUAAUAAUCAGCACCAUCUUCAGGGCCACCCCAAUGUGAUCUCCUGCCUCUGCAUCAGUGAAGAUAGGCGGUGGAUUGCCACGGCCGACAAAGGGCCCAACUGCCUGAUAAUUAUAUGGGACUCCUUCACAGGCAUUCCUGUGCACACGAUAUUUGACAGCUGCCCGGAAGGCAACGGCAUCGGGGCCAUAGCCAUCACCCGGGACUCCAAGUACCUGGCAACCAUCUCAGAUGCUGAAAUCCAGAAAGUUUGCAUCUGGAGGUGGACGUUAGCAGUGGAAACGCCAGCAUGUACUCUUGACCUUCCCAAAGAGUAUGGGUUUCAGAACUACCUUAUUUUUAAUCCAACAAAUAAUAAAGAAUUGGUGAGCAAUAGUAAAACACAGGCAAUAUAUUAUUUGUGGUGUGAAGAGAGAGAUAUACUUGCUCACAGUGCCCCACAUUUAACAGAAAAAACGUUCAACAAGCUCGUGGGAAAAUUAACCCAGUCAGUCUUUCAUUUGAAUUUAACACAAAUACUCUCAGCAACAAUGGAGGGGAAGCUGGUUGUCUGGGACAUAUACCGCCCCCCAUCGUCUGCCUCCGCCUCUCUGGACUUUCCUCAUAUCAAACCUUGUAAAUUGGUUCAUUUGCAGAAAGAGGGCAUCACUGUGCUUACUACAGUUGAUAGCUAUAUUGUCACAGGUGAUAUUAGAGGUAACAUUAAGUUCUACGAUCGCACCCUGUCCAUUGUUAACUGGUACAGCCACUUCAAACUGAGCUCCAUAAGGACCCUGUCCUUUUCGAAGACCCCAGCAGCUCCGCCUACCGAAAAAUCAAACUGUCCUCCAGACUGCACUUUAAAAGGUGACCUUUUUAUCGUAAGGAAUCUUAUCAUCGGAACAUCUGACGCUACAGUGUACCACUUAACGACGGACGGGACCAAACUUGAGAAGUUAUUCGUGGAGCCCAAGGAUGCCAUUUGUGCCAUCUCCUGCCACCCAUAUCAACCCCUCCUCGCCAUUGGGAGUUUCUGUGGGAUGAUCAAAGUGUGGGAUUAUGAAAAGAAAAAAUACCUUUUCAGCAGGGUCUUUGAGAAGGGGCUUGGCAUCCAGAGUCUAACCUAUAACCCUGAAGGAGUCCUUCUUGGAGCCGGCUUCACCGAAGGGACAGUUUACAUCCUCGAUGCAAUGUCCUUAGAAAACCAAACCCCGGAGCCUUUCAAAUAUUCCAGAACCAGCGUGACUCACGUCAGCUUCUCGCAUGACUCCCAGUACAUGGCAACUGCUGAUGUACGUUUUACCGUGUCUGUUUAUGUGGUGGUAGUCAGAAAUGGACACAGGGUCUGGGAAUAUCUGGCAAGACUUCGUUCUCAUCGCAAAAGCAUUUGCAGUCUCCUGUUUGGGGUUCAUCUGGACAGCAAUGAGCCGAGACUGCUGAGCCUCGGGAAAGACAGGCUCUUGAUCGAGUAUAAUCUUCUUAAGAGCUCCAAAGACCACCUGGAAGUCCUGGACAUUCACCGAACCGAUCAGGGCAACUACCCUACCUGUAUGGUCUGGUACCCACCACUCACCAGGGAACUCUUCCUGCUCAUUUGCAACAGUGGCUACAAAGUGAAACUUUUUAAUUCCACCACAAAAAUGUGCAGAAAGACACUUCUUGGGCCAGUUUACGGUUCUUCCAUUGAACAGGUACAAAUCCUCCCGGUGAAGAGCACCUUGGAACUGCAGAAACGCUACAUGGUGUUUAUUAACAGAGACAAGGUUGGACUUCAGAUCUUACCUGUGGAUGGCAAUCCACAUAAGACAUCUGCUAUUAUAUGCCACCCAAGCGGGGUGGCUGGAAUGACCGUUUCCUAUGACGGCUGCUAUGCCUUCACGGCAGGAGGACAUGAUCGAUCGGUGGUGCAAUGGGAAAUCAACUUAAGACAUCGAAGCUUCUUCCCUUAACCUGAAUAUAAGCAAAACUCGCCAGACUGCAGUUGUCACUCUGACCUUCACCUCUGCCUUCACCUAAGAGCAGAUCGUGGGAAUUUGGGAAUUAUGAAGCUAGAGGUGAGCUCUCACAUUGAAAAGCACUUCCUGAGUGUGUGGCCAGUCCCUGGAACAGCGGAGGCGAGCCACACCCUGCUGAGAGAACAGAAUCCCUCCCCCCCCCCCCCCCACACACACCCCUUUUCAUUUUUGUCUUCUUCUCGAUAAUCAUGGUAGAGAUUAAAGGGUGAAAAACGGCACCCGCUUUGCAAUGGCUUCCCGGUGCCUGGCCAGAGUCCAGGCUUCCGAGAAUUUCAAUUUAAUCUGUUGUGGGGACAAAGGAUCAUUAUAAGCUAAUUAGCACUUCAUUGCUGUUUCUGGUGUCUUAAUAUGUUCAGUGCUCCACUAAUGGGAAGAAAUGUAACAACCCUAAACAAAUAAACAAACAAAAUUCCCUGCUGGUCUAACGACGGUGAGUCGUAGGGUGAAGUACAGAUGUUAAGUCCGCUCACGUUCCCAUGAUUGUAAUCAGGGUGCUUCUGGGCCCAAAUACGAUCACUGCAGCACAUUGACCUUCUCCUGGGCAGACCCCUUCCUUUCAUCUUCUCCUAGGGUUCAUUCCGCACAUACUGUGCUGUGCCUUUGCCCCGACUUUGCUGGCAUGCUACCUUUUUCCUCCCCUUGUUUGGCACCUAUUUGGUUUUUAUGGUUUUGUUUGUUUGUUUGUUUGUUUAGAUAGAGCGAGCGGAGAAGUGGGGCAGAGGGAGAGAGAGAGAGUCUUAAGCCAGGCUCCAUGUUCAGUGUGGAGCCUGACUCAGAGCUCGAUCCCACGACCCUGGGAUCAUGAGCUGAGCCAAAAUCAAGAGUGGAACGCUCAACUGACUGAGCCACCCAGGCGCCCCUGGCACCCGUUUUUAAAUCCCCCGUUGUUCUUUUGUGCUUAACCUCAUAGCCACCUGGGGUCCUGCUGCUGUGCUCAGACAAGAGCAGAAAGACCCAGAUUCACAUACCACUUUUCCUGCCUGCUUGCUGUAUGACCUCAGGCUAGUCCCUUAACUUCUGAGUCUCAGUUUCUCCAUCUGUUAAAUGGGAAUACCAUCAGUGUUUUGAGGGUAGAGAUUACCACAGCUGCUGUUCCUCUCCUGCCUCCUCCCCUAGGGAGCAUUUGCUGAACCUUACCAUGUGCUGAUUACAGUGUUCACUGCUUCUCCUGACUGAGCUCAUGUCCCAGAAGUAUGGCUCGGCACACAGUAGGUUCGCAAUAAGCCUCCUUGCCCUUUGUGCCCUAAUGACCCCCUUUUUUUAUUGCAAGUAUUCGAAACCCAGCUGAAGCACAAAGGGGAAUUAAUGAGAAGGUCAUGGGCAUCUCAGGUAACCAUGCUGCACGAGGUGCAGGGGCUGCGUGUGCACGAGGCGCCCUCGCCACUUGCUCUCUGUGGGGCUCCGCUACUGGCUUCAUUCUCUGCACAAGUGGAUUUUGUCACCCGGAGUGAACAUGGCCACUGACAGUCCUCAGAUUUCACAAACUGGAGCUCUCACGGCAGAGGGAGUGGGUUUCUUUCUCCAGCUCUGCUUGGACAGGCCAGUCCUGUCCCUCUCGCUCUCUGGGGUCAGUCAGCGGUGGGCAGGAAGUAGGGUGCAUGGUAUGGUCCUGACCACCAGAGUGCUGUUUCCAGAGAAUCUGGAGCUCUUGUGAGCCCCUCCCAGACACUCCUAGUAGUGACAGGCUCCUCUGUGUCGCUUCUGGCCUUUACCUGGCCCCGUUCCAGAGCCACGUGGCUAAAAGUGGUCUCCCACAGAGCCUGUCGGGAUUGGGCCUGGACGAGGCCUGGAGGCCACAGAGGAGGAGCCCUGUCCGCUGGAUACCUGCCUCGAUGGCUAAUACCAGAGCCGAGAGCUGGGUGAAGCCUGGGCCCUGCCGGAGAGGGGCCUCAGGCCCCCUGGAGAAUACACCAGCUCCCCCAGACCCGAAGGCAGCCUGCUUAUGUGGGCUCUCCCGACAGAGGGCCAGCACGCUUUUGUGGCUGACUCUUUGAAGAGGAGAGCCGUGCAGGUGUAUAGUGAUGCCCAGUUCAACAGUAAUAAUCGCUCCUCGUACUGAGCCUUCGCUGGGCCGGGCCCUGUGCUGACUGCUCUCCACCCAUUGUCUGAUUUCAUGCUCACAGCCAUCCUGGGAGGCAGGGACUGGCAGUGUCCCCACGGUGGUACCCCCAUAUAUCUGGAAACUAGCUCCAGGGUGCUAAAUGACCCCCCCCCCCCCCAAGCACUGGAGUAAGUGGUGGGGCUGGGAUUCACAUCCGGUCUUUCUGAUUCAACGCCACACCUAACAAACACUCAUCACGGAGGAAAACAAAGAGGAAGACAAAGGGCUUCGUGUCAAACCCUUUAUGCGCCUUCACUUUAUUUUCGAAACAACCCUGUGAGGCAGACCUGUGACUAUUCCCAUUUCAUAGAUGAGGAAACUGGGGCCCAGGGAGGCUGUCGCUGACCCGUGACCACACUGCUUGCGAGUGGCAGAGCCAGGACUCAACUCGUGUCCCUCUGACUCCAGAUUCUGGAUACUGAACCACUUCCCUGCCGUGGUCUACACCGAAGUGUGUUUUAACAGCUCCACGAAGAGGCUAACGGCCUGAUUAGCAGAAAUCCAGUUAGUGGACUAUUACAAUGAUUUCCUAUUACGUGUAUUUCGUGCGGGGCAGAGUCAGUCUCACACACAAAAGUAGGUUUUCUUACCAUUUACGGUGCCUAUUUUUAGAAAACCUGACCCCAUGUUAGAGAGCAGAGGGUUAUUUUUAUCUGACUGGCAUGGGUCCCUUGUGGCCUCCCGAGUUUUUAUGGAAGCAAUUAGUGUUGGCAGUGUACCUGCACUUACCCCGUUUUUGGCUCUGGUCGCACAGAUCUCACGAGGGACGCGGCUCCACUGGGGAGCACUGUGGUUUCAGUGCACAGGGGUCCUCCCUCCCUCCCCCCACCUCCUUGCCUCCCUCAGGGGAGGAGCCGUGCUCCCCGAAGAUUGCCCGCAAAUUGCCAAGCGCCUGCCCUGUCAUCGGUGAGAGAAUAUCACUACCGUUAAGGCAGGUACCCUGUACCACCAGGUUCCACAUUGAAAUUGAAUUUUUCGUUUUUGGCUUCAUUUCAGAAGGAAUUUUCCUGACAAGUUUACGGAGACCCUACUUGUACGGGCAUCGUGACACCCUGCCGAGGUCCGCAGUGCCAGCGGGACUCGGGCUGGCCAGUGCUCAGGCGCGAGCGCUCCCUAACAGCGAUGUUUCUGUCACCGUUCUAGUGCUCUGGAGGCUGCAGUUUCUCUCGGGGGUGAAGACUUGACCCCGUUCUACGGUCUGGUGGCUGGUGGCAGGGAAGGAAAAUUC